GCCGUGCCGCCGCGCCAGCGCCUCUCUCUCCUCGCCGCCCACCAGCCAGCCGGGGGCGGCCCCCAUGUCCGAGGAGGACGACGACCAGCCGCCGGCGCAGAAGCGGCCGCGGGCGUCGCCGCCGCCGCCGCCGCCGCCCGACCAGGUCCUCGACAACGUCCUGGAGACGGUGCUCCAGUUCCUCGACGCCGCGCGCGACCGCUGCGCGGCCUCCCUCGUCUGCCGCUCCUGGCACCGGGCCGAGUCCGCCACCCGCGCCUCCGUCGCCGUCCGCAACCUCCUCGCCGCGUCCCCGGCCCGCGUCGCGCGGCGCUUCCCCAACGCGCGCCGCAUCCUCCUCAAGGGCCGCCCCCGCUUCUCCGACUUCAACCUCCUGCCCUCUGGCUGGGCCGCCGCCGCCUUCCGCCCAUGGGCCUCCGCCGUCGCCUCCGCGGCCUUCACCGCCCUCGGCUCCCUCUUCCUCAAGCGCAUCACCGUCACCGACGACGACCUCGACCUCGUCUCGCGCUCCCUACCGGCUUCCUUCCGGGACCUUUCGCUCCUCCUCUGCGACGGCUUCUCCUCCGCGGGGCUCGCAUCCAUCGCAUCCCAUUGCAGGGGGCUGCGUGUGCUCGAUGUGGUUGACUGCGAGAUGAACGACGACGAAGACGAGGUGGUGGACUGGGUGGCGGCGUUCCCGCCGGGGCCAACCGACCUGGAAUCGCUCUCCUUCGAGUGCUACGUCCGACCGGUGUCCUUCGCAGCGCUUGAGGCGCUCGUGGCGCGCUCGCCGCGCCUCAGCCGCCUCGGAGUCAACGAGCACGUGUCACUCGGCCAGCUCCGCCGGCUCAUGGCGAACACGCCUCGCCUGUCGCACCUCGGCACCGGAGCGUUCCGGCCCGGGGACGGCCCCGAGGAUGUGGGGCUCGACGUGGAGCAGAUGGCAUCGGCGUUCGCGUCCGCUGGUCGAACGAACACGCUGGUUUCGCUGUCUGGCUUCCGUGACUUCGAGCCGGAGUAUCUGCCUGCCAUUGCCGCCGUGUCCGUCAACUUGACGAGUCUCGACUUCAGCUUUUGCCCGAUCACUCCGGAUCAAUUCCUUCCCUUCGUCGGGCAAUGCCACAACCUUGAGAGGCUACAUGUGCUUGACUCGGUGCGUGAUGAGGGGCUCCAGGCCACAGCGAGGACCUGCAAGAAACUCCAGGUUCUUCAUGUGCUUCCGUUGAACAUACAUGAGGAUGCCGAUGAGCUGGUGUCAGCAGUUGGGCUUACUGCCAUCGCUGAGGGCUGUCGCGGGCUCCGUUCAACGCUGUUCUUCUGCCAGAGUAUGACCAAUGCUGCAGUGAUCGCCAUUUCUCAAAAUUGCAUGGAGCUUAAGGUAUUCCGGUUAUGCAUAAUGGGACGCCACCAGCCUGACCAUGUGACUGGGGAGCCCAUGGAUGAAGGGUUUGGUGCCAUUGUUCGGAACUGCAGCAAGCUUACUAGGCUCUCCACAUCUGGACGCCUGACUGAUCGAGCUUUUGAGUACAUUGGCAAGUACGCCAAGUCGCUUCGGACGCUCUCUGUAGCGUUCGCUGGAGACAGUGAUCUGGCACUGCAGCACAUCCUCCAGGGGUGCUCGAAGCUGGAGAAGCUUGAGAUAAGAGACUGCCCAUUUGGGGAUGCUGGCCUCCUCUCCGGGAUGCACCAUUUCUAUAACAUGCGGUUCCUCUGGAUGUCAGGUUGCCACCUUACGCUGCAAGGUUGCAAGGAGGUAGCACGGCGGCUACCAAGGAUGGUGGUGGAGCUGAUAAGUAGCCAGCCUGAGAAUGAAAAGACCGACGGCGUGGACAUCUUAUACAUGUAUCGGUCUCUUGAGGGGCCAAGAGAAGACGCACCACCAUUUGUGAAGAUCCUAUGAGCCACUUCUGCAGAGAGCCAUUUGAUAUGCUGUCUGCAGAUCAAAUGCAGCCUAAGCAACAAGAGAAGGUAAGACAGCUGGAGUCAAGCAUAUGACCAUUUCUUCUAUGCUUGAAGUUUGGAGGAGUUCUAGGCCAUCUGUUGGAGCUGCAAACGGUUAAAUUGUUGUACCGCUAGUAGGGGCAUCGGUAUAUGCAAAAUUUUCUACCGCAAGAUCAUAAGUUCAUCAGAGCAGGCUUCUUCGAGGGGAUGUCAUCCCCUCAGUUUUGUUUGCUGCUCUGUAGCCUUCUAUUGAGGGCAAUCUAUCUGUGCCGGCACAGCCACCAGGGUUUCUCUAAUUUUUUUCCAAGUGAAGCUUGUCAUCAGAUUAAAUUCAUUAACACUUUCCUGUUUCUUGUCUU